GGAGCUGCAGAGGCCAUGGGUGACUCCGGCCUCCUCCCUCGGCCCAGUGCCCGCUCCGUCUGGUUCCUCGCCUCCGCCUUGGCCCUGGUGGCUGCGCUAGGGGUCGCCACGGCUUGGCGGCGGCGGCGGCGAACUAAUCGAGGCUUGGUGCGGGUGGGGACGGUGUCGGGGCUCUUUAUUUACCCGGUCAAGUCCUGCCGUGGAGUGGCCGUGAAGCAGGCCGAAAUGACCCCGCUGGGUCUCGGCUGCGGAGAUCUGCGCGACAGACAUUGGCUUGUGGUAAAGGAAGAUGGACAUAAAGUGACUGCUCGGGAAGAGCCUCGGCUGGUAUUGAUUUCUCUCACUUGCAAAAAUGGAUAUCUAACUUUGAGCGCUCCAGAAAUGAAAGAUCUUCAUAUUCCUGCUGAGUUAUCCCCAAAGAAUCCAAGCCAUCCAGUGAAGAAUUGCAGGGUGUUUGGCUUUGACAUCCAAGGCAGAGACUGUGGUGAAGAGGCAGCUCAAUGGAUCACAGCCUUUCUGAAUUCGCAUCCAUAUCGCCUUGUUCAUUUUGAAUUAAGCAUGGUUCCAAGGAAUGCAAAGGAUCUUAUGGAGCCUUUUCGACCCAGUGAUAAGAUUGCCUACCCUGACUGUAGUCCAGUUAUGGUACUCUCUGAAGCAUCCGUGGAAGAGCUAAAUUCCCAGCUGGAGAAGAAAGUUCAAAUACGUAACUUCAGGCCAAAUAUUGUGGUCACCGGCUGUGGUCCUCAUGAGGAGGAUACCUGGAACGAGAUAGUGAUUGGAAGUGUAGAAAUGAAAGGUGUAAUGGCCUGCCCACGGUGUAUUUUUACAACUAUUGAUCCAGAUACUGGAAUCAUGGACAGGAAAGAGCCUCUUGACACCCUGAAAAGCUACCGCCAGUGUGAUCCUUCUGAGCAGCAUAUAUACAGAUCACACCCACUCUUUGGGUGGUACUUUGGAAUUGCUAAAACAGGAAUGCUUCAGGUUGGAGACCCAGUGUACAAGAUAAUUGGGUAAUACAGAUGCAAGCCAAAUGGAAACUCUUCUUUUGUACCUUUAAGUGCCUUUUUUGUGGAAAAAAAUUAUU